AUGGAGAAUUCAUCCAAAGAGAACACUCAGCUCUUCUCAAAAACCACAGUACUGUCCAUUGACAGAUCUUCAUCAAGGUCAGAAUCUUCCAAUGCAAAGGAAAAAGGAACAUUAUGUGGAGGAAUGAAGAUUUUUCUCGGUGCAUUGUCAUUUGUUUACUUUGCAAAAACUCUCUCAGGAAGCUACCUGAAAAGUACCAUCACUCAAAUAGAAAGAAGAUUUGAUAUCCCUUCUUCUUUAGUUGGCCUCAUCGAUGGGAGUUUUGAAAUUGGGAACCUUUUAAUAAUAAUUCUGGUGAGCUACUUUGGAGCCAAACUUCACAGACCAAAAAUAAUUGGAGCUGGGUGCAUCAUUAUGUCACUGGGGACAUUUCUGAUUGCCCUGCCACAGUUCUUUAUGGGACACUAUAGGUAUGAGGUAUUUUCUUCCUCCUCCAAUUCAACUAUCAGCAUCUCCCCAUGUCUGCAGGAUCAAAACCAAAUACGAGUCUCAGGCUUGGAAAGAUCUCAGACAAAAAUCCAGGCAGGGUGUGAAAAAGAAGCUGGUAUUUCCAUGUGGAUCUACGUUUUUCUGGGAAACCUACUACGGGGAAUAGGAGAAACACCAAUUCAGCCUUUGGGAAUCGCAUACAUUGAUGACUACACCCCAGAAGAGAGUGCACCUUUUUACAUUGGAUGUGUUCAGACCGUUGCAAUUAUAGGCCCCAUUUUUGGGUUUCUUUUGGGAUCCUUAUGUGCCAAGCUGUAUGUGGACAUUGGCUUCGUAGACAUGGGCAGCAUACCCAUCACUCACAAAGACCCACAUUGGGUAGGAGCUUGGUGGCUUGGCUAUUUAGUUGCUGGGUUAAUCAGCAUCCUUGCCGCGAUCCCCUUCUGGUUCUUACCAAAGCAUCUUCCAAGGCCAGAGACCCGAAAAGAUUCUACUGAGCAAUCCAAGUUCAUCACUGAAGAAAGCAAGGAAUGUUGCACCACCUACCAGAACCAAGUCAAAUUUCUCAAGAUGGCAAAAGAGUUCCUGCCAUCCCUGAAAAGCCUCCUUGGAAAUCCAGUUUACUUCUUAUAUCUUUGCUCCAGCAUCAUCCAACUCAAUUCUCUCAUUGGCAUGGUGACGUAUAAGCCAAAAUAUAUUGAACAGCAGUUUGGACAAUCAUCUUCGAAGACCAAUUUUGUCAUAGGUCUCAUCAACAUUCCUGCUGUAGCUCUUGGGAUCUUCUCAGGUGGCUUGAUCAUGAAGAAGUUCAGGCUGAAUGUGUUGGGGGCAGCCAAACUUUCCUUGAUCUCAUCCUUCCUUGGUUACCUACUGCUCCUCACCCUUCUCACAACUGGUUGCAAGAAUGCAGAUGUGGCAGGUUUGACCAUCUCCUAUGAGGGCAACAAGCCAGUCUCCCCCUAUGAACAAACUCUGUUUUCAGAGUGCAACGCAGGUUGUGCGUGCUCCAAAAAUGAGUGGGACCCUAUAUGUGGAGAAAAUGGGAUCACGUAUGUCUCAGCUUGUCUUGCUGGUUGUAAAACAUCCAACGGAAGUGGGAAAAACAUGAUAUUUUAUAACUGUAGCUGUGUGGACUUUCCAGAGUUUUCAUCCAGGAGUUCUUCAGCUCUCUUGGGUCCUUGUCCAACAGGAAAGGAAUGCUCCAAAAUGUUUCUCUAUUUUCUGGUGAUAUCCGUAAUUACUUCCUAUACCUUGUCAGUUGGAGGCACUCCAGGGUAUAUUUUGCUUCUCAGAUGUAUUAAUCCACAGCUGAAAUCUUUUGCCCUGGGCAUCUAUACUUUAACUAUAAGAGUCCUUGCAGGAAUUCCUGCUCCAGUGUACUUUGGAGUAUCUCUAGAUACAACUUGCCUCAGAUGGGGAAGCAAAAGAUGUGGAGGUCAAGGAGCUUGUAGACUGUAUGAUUCUAAUGCCUUUAGAUACAUCUACCUUGGUUUGACGAUUGUUUUGGGCACAGUGUCCACCAUCCUAAGUGUUGCAGUCUUGAUCGUUCUAAAGAAGAAGUCCAUCUCCCCAUCAAACAAAACUCCUGCAAGCAGCAGAGAGAGAGAAUCUACCUCGGUGAAAAAACGGAAAAGUGACUUUGUCAAGAGCAACCACUUGAUUCAGACCACCUACUGGACAGAAAAAGAAACACAACUUUAG